GUUGCAUAGAUUCUCUCUCCUAGGGUGAUAACGGUCUAAGAGAGAGAAAACAGUUACAGUCAAAAUCCCUAGUCUUUCAUGGCGUGUUCCCACCGGAAUUCGCUCCUGAUUGCCGGUUCUAAGUCGUCGGCAGACACUGGGUUUGCUCCUCGUUCUGUUGUUCCGUCGGAGUCUUCUCAAAGUUUGCGAGAUAAGUUGCAAGUUGAAGUUCGAAGUAUCACAGAGGCCUUGUCGUUGGCUAACCCAACUCUGGCAAGAACACCUGCAACAGAUUUCGUGGUAGCUCCAGUCAUCCAAACCAGAGUUUCUUGGGCAGAUGCUGUUGCCAAUGAUUUGAAGGAAAGCUCUACAGCCAGUGAUUUGGGUAAAGCAUCUCUUUCCUAUUUUCCCCCUGAAUUGAGAGAUGGCAAGUUAAUUGUGAAACCCCCUAAUUCUGUUUACAAGGAAGGCAUUAAAUCUUGGGAAACUUGUCUAAUUGGGUGUUUUCUGGGAGGGUCCUCGCCGAAUUAUGGUGAUAUAGUGCAUACCGUCAACAAACUCUGGGGCAAGAAAGGAAAGAUUUCAAUAACUGGAAUGGGCAAUGGCCUAAGCUAUAUUGCUAGUGCCAUUGGGAAACUUCUGUCUCUUGACAAGGCUACGGAGCAGCGUACCCAUAUCAAUUAUGCUCAGGUUUGUGUUGAGGUUGACAUUGAUAAAACCCAUAUGCUCCCUGAAUCUGCACCUGUUCUUGAUGAUCAAUCAGAAGUGAGUGUCUUGUUUGAGUACCCCUGGCUUCCUGUUAAGUGUGAAAUUUGUAAAAAGGAGGGGCAUACUAGUCGUGAUUGUUCUCAGCAUCCAACUAAACCUGCUCUUAAGCAGGAAUGGAGGGCAGUCUCGAAAGGCAAGAAAAUAGAGCAGUUUAUGCCAGAAAUACUAGUUGUAUCUGAAAUACCAGUGGUUCAACCUGCCAAGGAUAUUCAAGUUGUUCAACCUGAGCCUUCACCUAGCCUCUUGGUUGGCAAUUCCUUUGCUAUAUUAGACAAUGCAGUUGAAACUGAAGCUGCAACUAUUCAUGAGGUGAGAAAAACAAGGAUGGCCUCCAAAGGUGUUGCUAUAGCUACUAAAGCAUUAGUCCCUAAACAAAGACAGUCCAGGAAAAGUUCAAAUUCCUCCAGUGAGAACUUUCUCAAGGUUUCUAAUUUCUUGUUACCUGGCUGGUCUACUCUUAAUAACUAUGAGCAUGCUAGAUUAGGAAGGAUCUGGAUAUUCCAUAAGCCAUAUAUUCAAAUUACUAUUUCUAGCAUGCAUCACCAGGCUAUUCAUUGUCAUGUCCUCAACACAUCCAUCAAUCCCUACUUUGAUGGUUUGAGGCAAGAGAUGUGGAGUGAAAUGGUAGCUUUGAGCCAAGCAUUACCUGCAGUGCCUUGGCUGGUUAGGGGAGAUUUUAAUGAAAUUAGAUUUUUUUGUGAACAAUCAGAUUGGCAAUCCCUCCCUUGUCUUCCUAAGGAAUCUGAGAUGUUUCAUGAAAAGCUUAAUGAGGCUGAACUACAUGAUUUGUUAUCUACAAGCUCUUUCUUUGCUUGGUCAAAUAAGAGGUGCAUAGGCCCCACUGCAAAGAAGCUUGAUAGAUUAUUGGUGAAUGAAUUCUGGUUGAAUGCUUUCCCAAACACCACAGCAGCUUUUCUUCCUCCUGGUUUCUCUGACCAUUGUGCAGGAUCUGUGGAAAUUCACUUGCCUGUGGAAAAUAAGGGUAGGAAACCCUUUAAGCAAUUGAACAAGGAGCACUACAAUGAUUUGCAAUGCAGAAUACAGCAUGAGAAGGAUAAAUUGCAUAUUAUACAAGUAGAUUUAUUGCAAAACCCAAAUGGUGAUUUGGUUCAUGUUGAACAAGAACAAGCUCAAAAAGUGGCUGCUUUGCAAUUGGUUGAGGAAUCCUUCUUCAGGCAAAAAUCUAGAAUCAAAUGGCUACAAGAAGAAGAUGGGAAUACUACUUAUUUCUACAAAGUGGUAAAGGCUAGGACAAGCAGAAAUACAAUUAAGGAGUUACUCACUUCUGAUAACAAGCGAAUUACAACACUCCCUGACAUGGAACAAGAAGCUGUUGAGUUCUACAAAGGGCUUUUAGGGACCGUGGAUAGUUGCUGUACUAAUGUUGAUAAAGGCUGGCUUAAAGAUUUAGUUCAAUUUCAAUUGCUAGAGAAUAUGAAGGCCUUUCUUACACAACUUGUCAUUGAUUUAGAAAUCAAGAAUGUGGUUUUCAAUAGCCUGAGUAAUAAAUCACCUGGACUAGAUGGCUACACAUCAGAAUUCUAUAAAGCAGCAAGGCCUGUGGUAGGGGAUUUGGUUACCAAGGCAAUUCAGGAAUUCUUCAUAUCUGGUAAGAUACUCAAGGAGAUAAAUUCCACCCUUAUUUCUUUGGUGCCAAAAGUUCCAAACCUGUCUAAGAUGACUGAAUUUAGACCUAUCUCUUGCUGUAAUUUGAUCUACAAAUUUAUAGCUAAGCUUCUUGCUAAUAGGCUCAAAAAGUGUUUGCCCCUCUUUAUUAGUAAGAAUCAAUGUGCCUUUAUUGAGGGGCGAUUGAUGGUGGAGAAUGUUUUGCUGGCACAGGAGCUAGUAAAAAAUUAUCAUAAGGUUGGCUUGAGUCCUAGAUGUGCACUCAAAAUUGAUCUCAUGAAGGCUUUUGAUUCUGUAUGCUGGGACUUUGUUUUCCAAACAUUUCUUGCCCUUGGUUUCCCUACCCAAUUUGUUAAUUGGCUGAAGGCUUGUGUUGCAACGCCUAUGUUCUCUGUGGUAUUCAAUGGCAAUCUAGCAGGAUAUUUCCCGGGUAGAAAAGGUAUUAGACAAGGGGACCCUCUAUCCCCUUAUAUAUUUGUAGUUUGCAUGGAAAUACUUUCUAGACUACUGAACAAGGCUGCUCUAGAAGGGAAAAUUGCUUAUCAUCCUAAGUGUGCCAAGGUUCAGCUCACACAUCUCUGCUUUGCUGAUGAUCUAAUCAUUUUUACAAAUGGGAGUUCAGCCUCUUUGACUGCUAUUGAUGCUGUUCUUAUGCAGUUUUACACAAUUUCUGGUUUAAAGGUUAACUACGCUAAAUCAGAAAUAUUUUGUUGUGGCCUUGCUAAUGAUGAAAUUAAAAAACUCAAGGAGGAUUUUGGUUUCAAGGCUGGUGUUUUGCCAGUUAGGUACCUUGGAGUACCAUUAAUAACAGGAAAGCUGUCUGAAAAAGAAUUGAAGCCCCUGAUUUCUAAGAUAACAGACAGGAUGAACUCCUGGAGUGCUAAGCACCUUUCUUUUGCUGGUAGAUUGCAACUCAUCACUGCAGUUAUACAAGGAAUUACCACCUUUUGGUGCUCUACUUUUAUUCUGCCAAAGAAAGUUAUCAGGGAGGUGGAAAGAAUAUGUGCUGCAUUUCUAUGGAAGAACUCAACAGAAUCCGCUAGGGGAGCAAAAUCUGGUUCCAUCUGGGUUGCUUGGGUUUAUGAAUAUUUGUUAAAAGGAAGAAGUUUCUGGGCUGUAAAAAUUCCCUCAAAUGCAUCAUGGGGUUGGAGGAAACUACUCAAGCUCAGGCAACGGGCUAGAGGGCUCAUCCAACAUAUCCCGGGAGAUGGCACUGAGACUCAUUUGUGGCAUGAUAAUUGGCAUCCUUCUGGUCCACUGGUAGAAACUUAUGGUACAAAGAUUAUUCAAGAUGCAGGCAUUCCAUCCCAUGCCAAGCUUGCUGUGGUGGUUAAUGGAAAUUAUUGGAAAUGGCCACCUGCACGCUCCCCUCAGCUCCUAGAUAUUCAAAUAGCGCUAUGUGGUAGAUUAUAUCCUAAAGAGGGUGAAAAGGAUAGUAUGGUGUGGAUUCCCUCAGCUUCUAGUUCUUUCAAAGCAGGAAAAACAUGGCAUUGGAUAAGAAAUAAGCAAGCUAGAGUACCAUGGCACAAAUUAGUUUGGUUCCCUCAAUCAAUCCCUAAACAUAGUUUCAUUUGCUGGUUGGCUAUGCUGGAUAGAUUAACAACAAGAGCCAGGCAAAAGAAAUGGUCUCCGACUUUGACUGACACUUGUGUACUGUGCAACAAUGAAUCAGAGACUACUGAACAUCUCUUCUUCAAGUGCUAUUACGCAAGAAGGGUCUGGCAAGUUUUGAGCAAUUUGGCAGGUAUUCCAUUUAUGGAUUCUUGGCAAAGGCUUUUAAUGUGGAUGGGAAAGCGGAUACGAAGGAAAUCCUUGUAUUGGACACUUAUCAAGUUAAUAUGGAGUGCUGCAAUCUACCAUGUUUGGAUGGAAAGGAACAAUAGAAUCCAUCAGCAACUCUUUAGAACAGAAGAGGUAGUAUGUGAAGAAGUGCAAUUUGAUGUGAAACACAGGAUUUUAGGUUUUGCCAAGUUGAAAUCAUCAUCUCUACCUGUAUCCGUAGCAAUUAAUUGGGGGAUUGAAGCUGUUGUGCAAGGAUAGUAGAGAUUAAAUAGUUUCUGCAUUUUAUUUUGUAGCAGCAACAAAUUGCUGCUUGCUUGUGUAUAUACAGUUACUGGAUAAAUAAAAUUCACCUUUUAUC